AUGUGGAAGUGCUCAAAAUUUGCAUUGCUUGAAAAACCGAAAUCGAAAGAAAUCGCAGCUGAAUUUUCGACACGAUAUCACAACUCAGAUGCUCUACCAAAUCUUUACGGUGAAAAUGCAAACGAAGUCGAUGCCGAACGUUCAACAGUGCCUCAGCGUGUUCCAAUGGAAGGAAGGAAAAUGAGUCGAAGGUACUCUCAUAAAAGUCUAUCCUCACAUGAAGUUCUGUUUCCGUAUGGUAUUGAUGCAAUGUUUACCUCAUCUCCACAGAUGAGUUCUUCACAGAAUACGAUUGGAGUUAAAGGACCGGACUCAGACUUUUACCCAUCGCCUGAAACGGUGUAUUCCGUCAACGACGCAGUGAACACGGGUUUGAAGUUCCCACAAAUGGCAUGUGAAUCGCCUUGA